AUGUCCGAGAAGCUUUUUGUGUUGGGGCAAUGCCCGCUCAGUGCGCACCUUCUUCAGCUCAUCCUUGGCACGAGUAUGCGAGAUUCACAUGUCAACACUUCACUUUGCUUCCUUCACUUUUCUGUGCAUCUUUCGCGCCUGCCUCCUGUACGAACACCCAACGUCGGCGAACGUCUGUCUGGUCUUCACGCCUGCCUUUUGCAAAACUCACUAAGACCUCUUCGUGUCAACUGCUUUCCACAUUGUCAAUCGAUCAUCGCUUUUGACAUGGCCGCUCGCAUUCCCCCAAUCACUGUCAACCUCGAGAUUCCGGUGCUGGCUGAGCUUCUUCAAUCAAAUAACGAUCUCCGGAGAGAGAUUCCAGUUCUUCGCAUCGAACUUUCAUCGCGCAUGAGCGCCGUAGAAGCUCGCAUGCCCAGCCAACAAGUCGACCCAGCGCCGGUAGCAGAUCUCGCCGACGACGACUCCUCCGUUCAGCAAGAUUUCAACGCCCAAACCAGCAGCCAUGCACAUCAAGAUGGCCACGUUCUAGAUGAUCACGAGGACGAUUUCCAAAAACAUGGUCCCGCACCCGAACAUGAUUUCGCCCAUGAUUCUUCCCCUAGCGCUGAUGAAGGGAUCACCAUGCCUUACCAAGCCUCUCCACCACCUGCUCAUGGCAGAAAGCGCAAGCGUACGGCCAACCCUGUUGCUACUCAGCAAAGACCCGAAGAACCUGGAUCUUCGAGGUCAGAGUCUCCUUUCGAUUCAAACAUCGACGUUCAUGAGUCGUCAGACAGACUCGAUAUGAUACCAGCCGUCCGACCUCAGUCCAAAGCGCCCGCAUCGCCACAGAAAUUUCGCCCCCAACGUACUGAGACUGUCAUGGAUGAUAUAGAUGAGACUCUUACCCAGGUUUCCCCAGAGAUAACCAUGAGUCAGUACGGUAGGCUUCGUAGACAAGCUCAGCGACCACCUGGCUUUGUCGACACUCCAAAACCUGCACUCCAUACUGCACCUUCCUUACGUCUCACUUUAGUCACAAAACACAACUCUUGUGAUCAACCAAUGUGCGAAACCCCUUUCUUAAGUGAGGGAGACUCUUACAUUGCUUACUCUAACUGGUCGAGCAGCACUGCAUACUGCACCUUUCUCCAGUCCUACUUCUGUCACAGAUCUUGUGAUCAAUCCACGAUCUCCCCUUCGUACCUUAUCCAAACAGACUUCUCAACCAGCCACAACAUGAAUCUUCCCAUUAGCAGAGCAGAGGUGUACAACCUCUUACACCAACAGAAGACCGAUGCAAACCGCAAGAUGGGAAUUCUCUACCAUCAUUCAAAAAUUCAUAACAAUCGGUUGAAUCGUAAUGAUCACAACAUCGGGGCAAUGGAUACCAGUAUCCAGGGUCUGACUAGACAGUUGCAUGAUCUGGGCACAGAACAACAGAGACAGGCAGACGUUCAACAGAGACAAGAAGAACGUCAGCAGUCUUAUCACCAAGAUGUGAAUCAGUCCUUGCGCCAGAUUCUCGCGGCCGUGGAACGCAACAGACAACCGACUCUGCCAGACGAACAGGCUCCAAACCCAGCUAGUCACGAACAGGGACCGGUUGAGCCUCAAGCAGAAGAGGAGGAAUCCGUUGUUUCCGUGCGAUCUCCCACACCUGAACUGAGACGUGGACCACGCAUCAUACUCAAAAACAGCAAGAUCCCUCCCACCCAAGUCUCGAACGACGGAGAGUUUGAGCUUCUUGUACACAAAAUGCCUGGGAGCCAAAGCCUGACAUAUCUGCAGAAACGCCCGCCGAGCAUUGCCUCCUCCCAAGGGCCAGCUGUUGACACGAGCACAGUCCUUCCAAGAUCCCCGGCACUUCCAAGAUUCCCAGCACACAGAGAGGCCGCGAGCAGACUGGCUGGAUCAGUCCUGAGCCCGUGGGCACAUCUGACCCGGAAGGAACCUGGCAGCCCCAUCCUAGGGCCUGCUACAACCGUGGCCCCGCCACCCGAUCAAGUGCCAGGAUCGCAAGCCGCCCGGCGGUACAGUAUUACUAGGAAGACAAUCUCUAAGAGUUAG